AUGAUUGCUCUUGGAGGAAAUUCCGAGCUGAAUAUUGCGAUAGCUUGGAUCCCUUUUCUGAAGGUAAUAUUUUUAGUGUUAUGCCACCGAAAAAGAGUUGGAAAAAUAUUUCGAAUUUAUCUGGUAGAGAAAAGGUUCGCAAAGUCAUCCAAAUCAAGAAACUAAAUCAUUACAACAAAACCCAACUGAAUCUCAACAAAAGUCGUUUCAACGUUCGCAACAAAGACAUGAAUAAGAUAUCAGAUGUUACAGCAGCAAUAUUUGACGACGAAAAAAUCGUUGAGCAGGAACUUAAAAAUUAUAAUGAUCAUGAACUUGGAUUACAUCAGCAUCAACGUCCACAUCGUAAAACAGCAUCACCAACCACUAUUAAUACCUAUCGUUUUGACCUAGACCAAAAUGAUGAUGUUUUGAAGGAAGCGUACACUUAUUCAAACUUAGGACACAAUUGUCCCCAACAACGUUCUUGGGCAUUUAGUGGAGGCGGAUGGGGAGAUCUGAACUCAACAAAUAAUGCAUGGGGACAAACAGACGGUUUCAUAUCUAACAACGAAAUUUGUCGUUUCGUGUGCAAGCUCCUUCUUAACAAUAAUGCUACUUCCUUCAAUUUUUCACCACUUCAAAACAAUACAACAAGUCAACGUGCUAUUCAGACACUUUUAUUAGGCAACAACAAAGUUAUCUAG